AUGCCCAAGAAUAGUGAAGAAAGUGGCUUUAGGUUACUGCAUUUCGCCAAAUCUUUUUUUCAACUGACUAUUUUCUUUCCAGAAAAGAGGGCAGGGAUUUGUGACAUUACGCUUGCUGAUCUGCAGCCAGCGGAGCGCCACCAAGUGGUGUCCUGGGAACAGCGCAACUCCUGCAUGCUGCCAGAUGACCUCAAGAGGUUUUACCUGACCUCAGAUGGGCUACUGCUGACAUGGAGUGUCAGAUUUGAUGAUCAGUUGCAGUCGGUCGGGCGGAUGGAGAUUAACAAGAUCAGCAAUGUGACCAAGCUGGCUGGAAAUAAAGCCCCCAGCAAUGCCAACACGCCGUCACUAGCUGAUGUGGACUACGCAAGCGAUGAGGAGCAGUGUGAUGAGGACACUGAUGUUCCAGCCAAGCCACAUUUUGACACAAGGAGUCGCAUCUUUGAGCUGGAUCCCUGCCGAGGUAUUGCCAAGGUCUGUCUGGUCUACAGGAAUACCAGGCCAGGCAGCCCUGCCCAGCAUCCUGAGGUGUGGCUUCUAGACAGAGCCCUGAGGUGGCAUUUCUUGGCCCACACGUUCAGCCAGUACUUCCGCAUGAUGCUGAUGCACCUAGGGCUCCCCCAGUGGCAGCUGGCCUACACUGAUGUCGGCCUCAGCCCACAGGCAAAGCCUAUUUAA